ACAAUAAAUGAAUAAAAAGUGAUAAUGAAAUAGUAAUGAACAAAAAUCUUUCAAUCUCCUCUCUCGUGUCCUUCCGUCUCUCACCUUCUCAUUUUUUCGUCCCCUUCUCUGAAUCGCUCUCUCUCAGAAACCCAAUCGCCCUCACGAACUCACCUCUCAAACUCUGUCUCGUCCUCUCAACUCACAAUCUCACUUAAUCGUUACCAACUAAACUCUCUCAAACUCAGACAUUCGUUCGAAUUCACAUGCUCAACAAAAGAAAAUCUCACCUUUGGCGACGACGAAUCAGAUUAGGGUUUCAAAAGUGUAAUUGGUGUUCAAAGGAGCAUCCUGCAAAAUCCUCUUUCAUGUGCUCAGCUUGGAUCGGCCUAUUUUGAUGCUAAAACCGAAAACGUGAAAAUGGAGCAUUGGUUUCGGUUCCGUUCUAUUACCGUUUUUCUGUUUCUGUUUUAGGUACCGGUAAUAGAUCCUCGUUUGCCGGAGCCGCCCUGCAAAAGAAUUGCCUGCAGCAGAUCUGUAUUCUUCUAUUACUAUCUUUCCAGCCAUUAUCAUGGUCAAUGCAACAAAAGGCGUCUUCAUUUCCUGUGACAUACCUAUGGCUCAAUAUAUCAUAAAUAUGAAUGCUUCAAUGCCUGCAUGUGACAAGUUCAUAAUACAUGUCUUGGAUAGUACUCACAUGUUUGUUCAACCCCAUGUCGAGCUAAUGAUUCGGAGUCAAAUCGCAAAGUUUAGAGAAGACAAUACAUAUGUCAAGCCUUCUUGAUUCAAUUUCAAUUUCAUCUUAGGAAUAUAUAUGUUAUUUUAGUUCUUUAUCAUGUUGGAAAACACUCUUCUAUUGAUGUUGAUGUUGAAAUGCCUUUUGAAAAGUUGUAUAGACACAUGAUACAACUAUUUUGGUUAAAUUCAUAAGGAACUGGUGCACUAUAAACAUGACCAACUUGAUAACA